AUGACCCUCCAUCAGGUGCAACCAACAGGGAAGCAUCCGCGAUCUUCUCCGCCUACGCGACUGGCCGAGCAGUGCGUCCGCAAGCCCGCAAGUUCGCGACACGAGCCACACGAGGGAAAGCACGGGCCCGCCCGGUCCAGGGAGCUUCGAGCGCUCCCACGGCCGGCUCCUCGACCAGGGACACCGGGAUACUACGUGUCCGCGACCGGUUUUCCGAGUUCCCCGGAUUUAGGAGACACGGGAACAGGUCGCACGAACGAUGCCGUAACGGAGAGCCGGCUGGGCCGCGGAAACUGGGACGAAAGAGGGGACGGCAACUUUCGCUUCGCCACGGAAACAUUCAAGACGAAGAGACCGGAAGCGUGGCGACUCGGGCCGAGGGAGCGAGGGGCAGCUAGCCCUUUGGCGAGCUCGAAGGAUGCAGCUCCCAGGCGGGAGCACGAGAAGUCCGCCAGCGAGACCCCCGUCCUCGGCACCCUGGUCGACCCUCCUCGGCGACAUCCUCAGCGAGAGCAGCGCCGACAGCGGCAGCGGCGACAGUAGCGAGAGCAGCGGCAACGGCAACCCUAAGAAAGAUCGGCCCCACCGGCAGCGGGCCCCCCGCGGCGGCAGCAGCAGCGAGAGCAGCAGCGAGAGCAGCAGCGAGAGCAGCAGCGAGAGUAGCAGCGAAACCAGCAGCGAGACGGUGCCUGGGCCCGAUUCGCGGCCGGAGAGCGCCCGACAGAGAGUCUCCUCGGUCCAGCCGCAGCCGCUGGCGUCCAGCCCCCGACGGAGAGAGUGGGGCGAGGAAUAGGGAAGCGAACCAGGAGAAGGAGAAGGAGAGG